AUGCAUCACUUCGGUGAUACUUUAAUCGAUGAACAAGAAUGGUUUGAAAAAGAUUUGAGUGAUUUCGAUGAUACAAAAUUGACUGAUGAGGAUUCUGUAGUCAAACAACAAACUAUUCAAUUUACACAAAGAAAAUCUUCGAAAAACGUAUCUGCCAUAGAAAAAACUUAUCAUGGAAGAGAUUAUCCAUUCGAUCUAUGGUAUUUAAUUGCCAUGCACAUAGCGCCAGAAGAUAUAGGUAGAUUUGCAUUAAUUUGUCGUAAAGCAAAUCAAGUUAUAAAUACAAUACCUUUUUGGAUAUCUCUGUUUAGAAAACAUAAUAAAAUUGAAGCAAGACGACUGACGCGACUACUCAUAAAAGAACAUCUAUUCGUAGUGCGAACGUUCGUGAUCAAAUCUUUGUAUCAAAGUUAUCAAUUAUUUCUAGAACGCUUUGAUAAAACAGCUGCUAUACAGAAAGAACCCCAUUUUCUAUUAUCAGCCCGAUGUAUUCGAAUAUGGUAUUCGAAACGACCAACACUACGUGACUCAUACAAUUAUUAUUUUGAAUUUCGUUUUGAUACUAUUCAACAAUCAAAACAAGACGGCACCUAUAUGCAAGCAAUAUCACCAAUAUUUAAAGCGAAUAAUCAAAAUAUGAUUAACCAAAAUAGUUAUAUUUUACACUUAAUUUCUGCCAAUUUUGCACCUAUUGGUCCAUAUAUGGGGAUGGUUUUAUCCAAACUGAAAUUCAAUGUUAGUAGUGAUUAUCGAUAUCAUAAAUUAAAAAUGUGGUUUGACUCGUCACGAUCGUCCUCACAAAAAUUUGACUUUAACAAUUCUGUAGUAACUAUUGAUCCGGUAUCAUGUUUAAGAAUAUACAAAUGGUAUAAUUGUCCAGAUACUUUAGACUGA